AUUAAUUCAGCCUUAAAUGAGUACUCAGUGCGUGUAAAGCAUCAGCACUGGGGAGACAAAGGUGGCUGGGUGUAGUGUUGGUCCUCCCAUCCCCUUCGUGUUCUGUGCUGACCUUCGUAGAUGCUCGCUAACAGCACUUGCCCUAAAAGUCUUUUCAAGGCUAUAUUGAGGAUCUUUGACUUUUGUCUUUGUGUGGUGCAGUGGAGGGAGCACGGAGGGCGGUGCCUGCCACGCGCCCGGUCCUCACCCUGUUUGACGUGAGCCCAACAUCCUCACACGACCACAACCAACCCAUGUCUCAUCUCCCACACCGCUGGCGAAAGCACUGUGUGUGAUCUCGUGUGCUGUAGCUUUCUGUACCGUGCUGUGUUUGCUGUGUUAGCCAUCAUGUGCUGGGGCGUUCUGUGCGUUCUCUUGUGUGCUGUCGCAUUCUGAGCUGUGCUGAAAUUGCUGUCAUGUUGCUGUAGUGCGCUGCGAUGUGCUGUAGCGCUCUGCGCUCUGCUGUGGUGUGCAGGACAGCGAAGAGCAGCAGAACGAGGCUCGCACUGCUCAGAGCUCCACGUCCCAGAUGAAGGCAGCGCGUGUCCUGCAGACGUUCGUCAACCCCUUUGGCAUGUAUCUACCAUCCAGUGACGGGAAAUCUCUGCCAUUUAAAGAAAAGAAAUUGGAUCCUAACUCAAAAGUGUUUGAGAUCUGUAGUCGCUGGAAACUGAUGAAAGCGCCAGAGAAACCAAAGAAGAGCUCUGCACAGUCUGCAAAAGCCAAACACGCGGAGAAGAAGAUGAAGGUGGAGCGCCCUCAAGAGGAGCCGGUCGCCGUACCGACUGUGCGAGAGCAGAAACAGGGUGCCACACGUAGAGAGGCACCGGGGGCAGCCGAGGUCACGGAGGUCGGAGGGAAAAGGCAGCGCGCGGACUCGGACUCAUCGCCAGCGCCACCACUCGUGCCAGAUGACUUCACCCCCCACGAGUACACGGAGGCCGACGCUCACAUCUUCACAGCCGGGUGCUCUCGAGGAAGAGAUCAGAACAGACACACGACUCGGCAGGACAAGCAUAAGUUGUGCGGGCGGGGGCAAGGUGGUCGUACAGUCUUCAGAGGAUCGGCACGGGGCAUGACGUACAUGCAGGGACACAGUGGCCGGGGAGGCUCCCGGCAGGCGUGGCCGAAAAAAUGAAGAUGUGAAGAGAGGCGGUGAGAGUCCUGGAGGGGAGUGAACUGGCAUUGGUGCAGGGUGGACAACAAACGUCUCCCAUUGAUACGAGGCGACAUCAACAACAAACGCAAUUAACAGCAACAUCCAGGAUCAACUGGCGAAUUCGAACAACACGCAGUUAACAGCAACACCGAGUCAACCGGAGUAUCUAACAAUACAUGGGAGUUGAUAGCGACAUCUGUUCGGCCAGUAAAUUCUAACAACACAGUUCACAGCAACUCCUAAAGUCUUCCAGAGUACAAAUAAGACGCGUAGUUUAUACCAACUGCUCGAGUCACACAGGGUCUCCUGUAACUGCGACGUUAACAACACACGGAUACAAGUACCCUGUGUGGCCAGUAACACCCAGACUCAACGGCAACACCCCAAAACACACCCAGUGUCACCAACAUCAUCUCACAUUAUCAUUAACAGCUGAUAAUACCAGCUACAGCCAGCUACAUUGAGCAUCACCAGCAAAGUGAGUGAUAAACCAGCUUUAAUACUUUCCAUAAAAUAAUGAGAAACUCAUGUCCUGCGCGUGUAAAUAAUAAGUAUUCACACGUGCAAUGCCCAUGCACUCUCACACAAUCACAUGAACAUAGAUGUUAGAACUCACAUGUGCACACAUAAGCGCAAGCUUUUUUGAAACCCUGCACCCCCUGCAUUACCAGUUUAAUGACUUGUUUCCACAUGGAUGUUGUGGUGCUGACAAGUAGACCACAAAGAAAUGAU